AUGCGUCUUCUGAAUGCCCACACCCUCCUCCUAGAAACCUUCAACGGGCCAGAGGAAAGCAUCCCUCCCUACGCCAUCUUGUCGCAUACCUGGGACAGCAUCGAGAUUACAUACGACGAUUUAUGCACUACGUCAACAGAGCUUCUACAAGGCCUGCCAGAAUUCCAAAAAGUCACAGAGAGUUGCCACCAAGCGGCGCUCGACGGCUUUGCUUACGUAUGGAUCGACGCAUGCUGCAUCGACAAGAGCAGUAGCGCCGAGCUCUCCGAGGCCAUCAACUCCAUGUUCAAGUGGUAUCAACAAUCCUCAACGUGCUACGUCUACCUGAAGGACUUUGAGGUGCCGGGCGGGCGAGCCCUGCCAAUCCAACGACACACUCAAGUCACAAUGCUGGUUGGGAACAACGACUUCUGCUCGUCUCGCUGGUUUGAUCGCGGCUGGACGCUCCAGGAACUCAUUGCGCCGAGAAGGGUUGUCUUUUUCGACAAGAACUGGGUUGGAUUCGGGUCCAGAGACGAGGCUCUCUCCAGCGCCAUAUGCGACCGCACCAGAAUACUCCCACAGGUCUUCACUAGCCGGCACUGCAUGUGCUCGUCUGUUUCGAGUGUCGAUGCAUUGCCCCCCAUUCGCAACGGAAAAUGCAAAGGAUGCAACGCCAAGGACAACCUACCAGAUAUUCUCGGCUCUCUAAACGCAGCCAUCAUCAUGAACUGGGCGGCACGCCGCUCCACCACCCGAGUCGAGGACAUGUCCUAUUCUCUCAUCGGCUUGUUCAACGUACAUCUUCCGCUGCUGUACGGCGAGGGUGGCAAGGCAUUCAUGAGAUUGCAGUCGGCCAUCCUGGCGCGGAACAACGACCAUUCCCUUCUUCUGUGGAGGGAAAAAACAGAAAGGGGCGAACAAUCGCUUAGACGUCCGGGUUGUCUGUCCAGCUCUCCCAAGGGUUUCGAGGCGGUGCCGCCCAUCGUGGCUCAGAGGGAGUAUUAUGAUUUCGACAAUGAAAUGGUUCCCCGGCUGGCCGUCGGCCUUGUUGAAAGUAUGGAGCCAGUAGAAUUGACAGAGACGUUGCUCAAGUUGACACUCUGGUUGUGCCCUUGCAAAGUCGGAUAUCCGUUUGGCGACGGCUCGGAUGAAGAGCUUGGUACGGAAGAAGGCUGGGCCCUGGGUAUAUUGAAUUGUCACAGCGCUUCGGACUAUGUUGCCCGCCCGGCCAUUCUCAUGUCACACAUGGGUGCAGACCUAUACCGACGAAUUUCUCACGAUUCAGUCUUUGUCGUGAACCCACGGAGGAUGCAGGAGAGCCCAGCUGCCAUAACUCUCUCGGUAUAUCAUGGUAACCCAAAUAUCCAAGAUCCUGGGUCGAACUGGACGGCUAUUCGGCAAGUUUUUGUGGAUGAGUGCGUCCAGAAAGCCGUCAGAAUUCUUGUACGUCCCAGCGGACCGAGCCUGCUGCGCUCAGCGCCUCGAGGAUUCGACCAGACAAUGUCGUCAAUUGAUGCCGUUUGUUGUGUAAUUAAUCAGCCUCUCCGGGGUAAUUGCGUCCUGACUGUGAAGACCAUGGGAGGGUAUCCGAGGAUAUACUGUCACGACUCUUGUCCGCCCACAGUGCCUAUGCUGCGGAGUUUUGUCAAGUACAACUGCAAAGGGGGCUUCGGUCUUAUGGCCGGCAUCCACCUAUUCGAGAUUGGAAUGUCAGGUUCAACGGCAAAGAUGAACAUGUACCUCAUCUGGGGCCUGCAUCACGACGAAACCAGACGGCAAGGCCAAGUUGGGCAAAACACCACCGCAAGGCCCUGGUGUCGUAUUUUUAGAGCGUCGGACUUUACCGAGGAGGUUAAUGUCCCUAUUCACGAAGCUGGAAAAGAUGAUUUGCAGUAUCAAAAACAGCUGCAUGCGUGGUUGGUGAAAAGGAGCUCUGACCCGUGCUGGCAAAUCAUUACUCGGCAAGGCUCUCGGAAGCAAGUGAUGCCAGAUCUAAGUAGUGACAAUCAACGCGAAGGAGACAGAAUCUUGGACCUGCUUCCACACUCCGACGUGCGCGUGGGUGUAAGCGCCCGCAUAAAUACGACACAGGGCUUCGGGGUUACGUCGAAAGAUAUCGAGAUGACCUUUUUGACUCCCGAUUGUAGGGGAUGGCGGAGUGAGUUGUUUGACGGAAGCCAGAGAGACCAGGAAUCAGCAUAG